AUGUCUGCCGCCAGUUCGAACUUGGAUGACCUAGAGCUUGCGCUAGCGCUGCAGCGUGAGGAGCUACAGCGGCUCAAGAAGGCACGAAAGGGAAAGGGUCGUGAGGGGAAAACGGACGAUUUCACCCUCGCCAUUCAGCUGUACGAGGCUGAGUUGGAGUCGGGCACAUUAGUUGCCUCUGACCACUCCCUGUGUGCAAGCAUCGCGCGAGCAGUCAGGCUAGGCGCUGACGUGAUUAGCGCCAUCCACCUGGAAGAGGAGCAGGCGGUCCUGGAUCGAGAGUUUGCGCGCAAGUUGAUGAGCCCAGAGGGCGGCAUGCCGAUUACGACACCUGCCAACAAGCUCGCUCCGACCGUGCCAGCCCCCGAUGAGCAGCUUCUGGCCAGACUCGAAGCUCUAAACGUGUCGCCCGAGGAGCACCCGCCGGAGUCUUCUGCAUGGGCUGCCAGCCGGCCUGUUCGAGGGACAAGACAAGGAGGCGUGCAACCCAAUAUUGAGUGCAUAGGCUGCGGCGACAAACAACAUCACACGAAUAUUUCUCGCUGCCCUUGCUCUCACGAGUACUGCCGUGAGUGCCUGGCGAGCCUCUUUACAGCAUCUCUGUCCGACGAAUCCUUGUUUCCUCCUCGCUGCUGCGGCCAGCCGAUUCCGCUCAAUUCCUGCCGGGCCUACCUUCCGUCAGAGCUCGCCAGACAGUUUCUGGAGAAGAAGGUUGAGAUGGAGACACCGAACAAAACAUAUUGUUAUCAGCCAACAUGUUCCGUGUUCAUCCCACAACAGUUCAUCGACGGGGAAGUGGCGACUUGCACUGGGUGUGGGAAGACGACGUGUGUCGUGUGCAAGGGUCAGUCGCACGAGGGUGACUGUCCCCAUGAUAUCGCUGUUCAAGAGCUCCUCUGGGUCGCGGCCGAGAACGGUUGGCAGCGGUGCCACUCUUGCCGCCGCUGUAACAUAGCAUGCCGCUGCGGAGCUCAGUUCUGUUAUGUCUGCGGAUUAGUCUGGAAGACGUGUGGCUGCGCGCAGUGGAACGAGGCACGCCUCUUUUCUCGCGCAAAUGACAUCGUUCAUCGUGACGGCGAUGCCGGGCGGCUUGGCGAUGUGGAACGGGCGAACCGGGUGGAGAGGGAGCGGCAGAACUUGAUGCGGAAUCAUGAGUGUGGGCACGGGACCUGGAGGCACCGCGGCGGUUCGCAUCGCUGCGAGGUGUGCCAUGACGUCCUCCCUCGGUACAUUCUUGAAUGUGUGCAGUGCAGGAUCAUGGCAUGCAGGCGUUGCAGGUUCAAUCGUGUCUGACCGGACCUGAUGCUUGAACGGCUUGGGCAGCAAGGACUACGCCGGGUGUUGCAGACUGUAAAUAGUAAAGACUUCGGAAUUAUGCGGCUGGUCGUUGCGCAUACAAUCCCCUACCAGGCUACUCGCUCCCAGGCUACCUACCACAUAGGGGCUGCCAGAGU